GCAUUGUUAGACAAGACGUGGUUUCAGAGUUUCAAAAUUUACAUAUAGCGGUUCAGGUAGAGUCGGUGGACAACAAAUUUAAUUGACGGAACAACACCAUUUCCGUUGCGCGGGACUUGGGUGAAUUUCUUGCAAUUUAUUUCUCCCACGAAAUCGACACUAAAAGAUGGGGACCGAAUUGAGGACAUGGGUUUCAGAUAAAUUGAUGUCUCUUCUGGGGUACUCACAAUCCACAGUUGUCUCAUAUGUUCUUAAUCUUGCUAAGAAAGCUUCAUCAGCUGCCAAUCUAACAACUCAGCUUGUAGAUGAUAUGGGUAUGUCGUCCUCCAAUGAAACAAGAGUGUUUGCUCAAGAAAUAUUUUCCAGAGUUGAGCGCAAGACGACAGGGCCAAAUCUGUAUUUACAACAAGAAAGGGAGGCUGCAAUGUUGGCGAGGAAGCAAAAGACAUACACACUUUUGGAGGCUGAUGACGAUGAUGAGAAUAUUGGCGGUGUGGAAAUUAAUUCUGUUCCCUCUCAGACUAGGAAAGAGGAUUCCCGUAAAAAGAAGUUUAGGAGGAGGGUUGAAACCCAUGGAGACGAAGAUGAUGAGGUAGUGAGGGAUGAGGAGGAUGAAAGAAGGGUUAGGAGACGAACUUCCCAAGACCAAGGUGACAGUGACAACUCUGAGUCAGAAGAAGAAAUACUUCGGGACCAAAGAGAGAGGGAGGAGUUGGAACAACAUCUCAGAGAGCGAGAUGCUGCAGGGACUAGAAAGUUGGCAGAGCCAAAAUUAUCAAGGAAGGAGGAAGAAGAGGCAAUCAGGAGGUCUGAUGCAUUGGAGAGAGAUGACAUUGGAUCUUUAAGGAAAGUUUCAAGACAAGAAUAUUUGAAGAAAAGGGAGCAGAAGAAGCUCGAGGAACUCCGAGAUGAUUUAGAGGAUGAACAAUACUUGUUUGAGGGAGUGAAGCUAACAGAAGCAGAGCAACGUGAACUAAGGUAUAAGAAGGAAAUAUAUGAACUAGUUAAGAAGCAAACAGAAGAUACCGGUGACAUGGACGAGUAUAGGAUACCUGAUGCGUAUGAUCUUGAAGGUGGUGUAAAUCAGGAAAAGAGAUUUUCGGUGGCUUCACAGCGAUACCGGGAUCCAAAUGCUGCUGAAAAGAUGAACCCUUUUGCUGAACAAGAAGCAUGGGAGGAACAUCAGAUUGGGAAGGCGACACUUAAAUUUGGGUCAAAAGAUAGAAAGUCAAGAUCUGAGGACUAUCAAUAUGUUUUUGAAGACCAAAUUGAGUUCAUAAAGGCAGCAGUAAUGGAUGGUGUUAAUGUUGACCAAGAGCCUUCCACUGAGUCAAUAGAGAAAACUAUGGCCAAAUCAGCUUUUGAAAAACUCCAGGAGGAUAGGAAGACACUACCAAUGUAUCCCUACCGGGAAGAUUUGCUCCAAGCUAUUAAUGAUCAUCAGGUUCUUGUUAUUGUUGGAGAAACAGGCUCCGGGAAGACCACCCAGAUACCACAGUAUCUGCAUGAGGCGGGAUAUACCAAACGUGGGAAGAUUGGAUGUACUCAACCUCGUCGAGUUGCUGCAAUGAGUGUUGCUGCACGUGUUUCUCAAGAAAUGGGUGUCAAACUUGGCCAUGAGGUUGGCUACUCUAUUCGGUUUGAAGACUGUACCUCUGAGAAAACGAUUCUGAAAUAUAUGACUGACGGGAUGCUGCUGCGAGAAUUCCUUGGUGAGCCAGACCUAGCAAGCUAUAGUGUCAUCAUGGUCGACGAGGCACAUGAAAGAACACUUUCAACGGACAUUUUGUUUGGCUUGGUUAAGGAUAUUGCUCGAUUUCGGCCUGAUCUGAAGUUGCUAAUAUCAAGUGCUACUCUAGAUGCAGAGAAGUUCAGUGAUUAUUUUGACUGUGCUCCAAUUUUUAAAAUUCCUGGAAGGCGGUUUCCAGUUGAGAUACACUAUACGAAAGCUCCUGAGGCCGAUUAUUUGGACGCAGCAGUUGUUACCGCUCUUCAGAUCCAUGUAACUCAACCGCCGGGUGAUGGUGACAUAUUAAUCUUUUUGACUGGGCAGGAGGAGAUUGAAACAGCGGAGGAGAUCAUUAAGCACCGGAUAAAGGGUCUGGGGACAAAAAUUGCUGAGCUGAUAAUUUGCCCAAUAUAUGCGAACCUGCCAACAGAAUUACAAGCCAAGAUAUUUGAGCCCACUCCUGAAGGGGCUCGUAAGGUUGUCCUGGCUACAAAUAUUGCUGAAACAUCAUUGACAAUUGAUGGGAUUAAAUAUGUUAUUGAUCCGGGAUUUUCUAAGAUGAAGUCUUACAACCCUCGGACUGGAAUGGAGUCAUUACUGGUCACUCCUAUAUCAAAGGCGUCUGCAAACCAACGUGCUGGUCGAUCUGGAAGAACAGGUCCUGGAAAGUGCUUUCGGUUAUACACUGCAUAUAAUUACAUGAAUGAUUUGGAUGAUAACACAGUUCCUGAAAUACAAAGGACCAACCUUGCAAAUGUUGUGCUCUCUCUCAAGAGCCUUGGGAUUCAUGACUUACUAAAUUUUGACUUCAUGGACCCCCCACCAGCAGAAGCUCUACUGAAAGCACUGGAAUUGCUCUUUGCCCUUAGUGCACUUAACAAGCUUGGCGAGUUGACUAAAGUUGGUAGAAGAAUGGCUGAGUUUCCUCUAGAUCCCAUGCUGUCCAAGAUGAUUGUUGCCUCUGACAAGUACAAGUGCUCUGAUGAAAUAAUAAGUAUUGCCGCAAUGCUUUCUGUGGGAAAUUCAAUCUUUUAUCGUCCAAAGGACAAACAAGUCCACGCGGAUAAUGCUCGGAUGAAUUUUCAUGUGGGCAAUGUGGGAGAUCAUAUCGCUCUGCUAAAGGUCUACAGUUCCUGGAAGGAAACAAACUUUGCAACCCAGUGGUGCUAUGAAAAUUACAUCCAGGUUAGGAGUAUGAAGAGAGCUAGGGAUAUCCGAGAUCAAUUGGAAGGACUGCUGGAAAGGGUGGAAAUUGCGUUGACUUCCAAUGAAAAUGACUAUGAAGCUAUAAAGAAGGCUAUAACAUCAGGAUUUUUCCCCCACUCUGCAAAACUACAAAAGAAUGGAUCUUACCGAACUAUUAAACACCCCCAGACAGUUAACAUUCACCCUAGCUCAGGUUUAUCACAGGUUCUUCCCAGAUGGGUUGUUUAUCAUGAGCUGGUCCUGACGACUAAGGAGUACAUGCGGCAGGUUACUGAACUCAAACCAGAAUGGCUUGUAGAAAUAGCUCCUCAUUACUAUCAGUUGAAAGAUGUUGAAGACUCUAGCUCAAAGAAAAUGCCUCGAGGAAGUGGCCGUGCAUCUUAGGAUCAACCCCUUUCUUCUUUUACAAAGAGCGGUGUCAAGAGAGUGGCUUAUGCUAAGACUUGGAAAUUUGCCCAUUAUACUGCUCGGCACAAGGAUUCUGCUAACAGAGAAAGUCCAUGGACAUUAACUGAUACGAUUAGAUAGCUGUAUAUACGAUUAUGUAGACGCUUCAUAUAUAUAUUUUUUUCAUUUUUGUAGAUUUACGGCUGUAAUUCUCUGUAUGUGCCUCUUUCUGGUUACAGUAAGUUGCACGGGGGAAGCACAACUGUCUAAUUAAUGAGCUGCACCCCCUUUUAGUGAUUGAUACUCGGUGAAGAAAAUACCAUGAGUUUGGUAUGAUUUUGAGUUGACCAAAGAGAAUACUGGUAAUUAAUGAAGAAAACUAUUCCUGUUAUGCGCUACUUUAAACAAGAUUAUAUGUAUCUUUUCCCGUGUAAGCAUCACAUUGGAGUUAUGGAAUAGAUUAUACGAGGUGUGUAAGUA